AUGGCCGACCUCCUAGCCGGCAUCGACACGAGUGUCUUUGAUCUCCCUCCCAGCCAAAGUCCUGUUAAAUCACAAGUCCCAUUGCCCGCCUUGUCGCCUGUAGCUGAGCGACGAAACCCCAAGACACAUCCGAGUUCGCAACGCAGUCCCAGGAAACGAUCAUCCCAGGGUCCAAACGCGUCAACAGCUCCCAAAGCCAAAGCCACCGGCGCACUUCCAAACUCUGUCCCAAAGCGAGAACCACUGUCACCCAAGAAAUCUGCAACAGGGAACCAGGUUGACCUGUUUAGCAUCCUUGGUCUUGCACCCGCCAAGAAGAAAGUGGCUGCCGACGUCAAGCCGAGCCUCAACCAGCGCCGCGUGACUCCCACACACAAGUUGGACGCCGCCAAGACACAGUCCAGUGUCAAGGCGGAGCCCACUGUAAAGUCUGAACCUGCUGGCAAGGUCGAGGCUCCUACACCAGUUGUCUCGCGGGCAGUGCCCCUUUUGUCUACACCAACGUUCCUUGACGUCGACACGGAUGAUUAUGAUGGCGACUGGGACAUGGCCGCGUUAGCGAGCAUGGACGAAGCACAGCUCUUUUGUUCUUCCACUAGUGUUGCUCCCCGAUACCCGAUCCUUCACCCGCUUGUUCCCGAACCACCAAAGGAUUACAAGAGUGUACCUUUUGAGCGCUGCAUGGUGGAAGGAGUCUAUGAUGGUAUCCUCGACCAUAUACCAGAGCGCCUUGCUUCACAGGACGCACCACCUGCCCGCUUUUCGUUUGCUGUCACUGCCAAGACUCUUGUCGUCGCAACGUCAAGCGGUCAACGCCUCGUGCAUCUUAAGGAGCGCUGGGUGGACCUUAAAAUUCGCCGUGGAGACAUUGUCAAUGUCAUCUCUCCUACUCUCGCUGCCGCUGGUCCUAUUGUCGUCACGAUGAAGGAUUCCGCCACCUACAUCAUUCACCACCCCGAUGUCCUGGUGACUAUGACUUCCAUUGCCAACGCCAUGCCAUGUGCCCGUCGUCCUGUCGUUCAGCAACUCGUCAAGCUUCCCGAGCCACCAUCCAAGGCGAUGUUGUACGGCACCGUACUACACUCGCUUCUUCAAGACUCGUUGUCCGAGCAGUCAUUUGACCGCCAGUCCACGGCACGUCGUGUUGCAACUGAGCUCGCGCGUGAAGAGCGACGUCUCGAGGUAUGGGGCGCUGGAUUGGAUCCCCUCGCCGUCUCCGAGGAGCUGGGUCCUACGGCUGAAGAUGCGUUUGCCUCCUUUGGGGACAAAUGGAUUGGCCCCAUCCCUACGUCGAACGGAGAGGUCAAGACGGCCCGCGAUGAACAGGUUGGCACACUUGCCAUCAAUGGCCUUCACGAUAUCGAAGAGGACAUCUGGUCGCCAAAAUGGGGCCUCAAGGGAAAAGUCGACGCGAGUGUUCAGGCCGUCAUGAAGAAGGACGGCGAGACAACCGAGUUUGUCGCUCCUCUCGAGAUCAAGACGGGCCGGAGCAUCGGAGGUGUUGCACACCGUGCCCAAACAAUGCUCUACACUCUGCUGAUGGAGGACCGUUACUGUUUGCCAAUCCCGGCUGGUCUGCUAUACUACUCACAACGCGACACUAUUGUACUCGUCGAGGCUCGUAACAACGAGGUCCGCGCCCUCAUCAUGGCACGGAAUGAGCUCGCGGAAUGGAUGUUCCGUGAGCGUUCAACACGAGCCGCGACUGUCUCGAACGAGCCAGAUUCCGAACCCACCGCCAUCGAGGACCGCUUCCUUCCUGAAACGACUGACACGGCUUCCGACUGCAAGAGGUGUUACGCUUCCGACGUCUGCAUGUUAUAUCGCAAGGCGGUCGACAAAGUGCCAGCGCCGGAGGACGACCCUAUCGGCGAGCUUUUUGAAUCCAAGACUGGCCACUUGACCGAUGCCCAUGCCAAAUUCUUCGCCCACUGGGAGCGUCUCCUCUCGCUCGAGGAGCAGGACACGCUGCGGUUGAGGUCGCAGCUCUGGACCAUGACUGCCAGUGCGCGUGAGAAGGUUGGACGUGCCUUCGCCAGUAUGGUCAUCGUCAAGGAGGAAAACAGCAGCAAGUCACUUAACCGCAUUCACAAAUGGGCCUACGCAUUUGAGCGGUCGCCUGGAGUGGACGCAUCUCAUACUCUGCUCAGUGGCCACAUUGCGCGGGGAGAUCCUGUGGCUAUUAGUAUCGACGAGCUACCAUGUCUGGCCCGCGGGUUUGUGACCGAACUGUCCCCCACACGAAUCACUGUGGCGCUUGCUUCUCAGCUCGACCUCACCGAACUGCUUAAGCGCACCCGCUCGUCACUCGACCCCAACCACAUGUCAUUCCGCAUCGAUAGGGACGAGCUCGCAUCUGGCAUGGCGCGGAUGCGCGGCAACCUAGCACACAUGUUCCUCACGAAUGGUGACGCUAAGCGUCGUCGGCUCGUUGUCGACCUUGCCAAGCCGGAAUUCGACGAUUCUAAGGGCCCAGCAGCACAUGAGAUCCCGGCGUCGCUGAACGAAGAUCAGCGCAAAGCCAUGACCAAGGUCCUCACAGCCAAGGACUAUGCUCUUGUGCUUGGUAUGCCCGGAACGGGCAAGACGACGACCAUCGCUGAGAUCAUCAAAGCCAUUGUCGAGCGCGGUCAGAGUGUGCUCUUGACUAGUUACACCCACUCGGCCGUGGACACCAUUGUGACAAAGCUCCUCGGUGCCGACUUUCAAGUCCUGCGUAUCGGCAACCAGGACAAAGUUCACCCAGACGUUCGUCACCUCACGCUCGACGCACUCGGACCGAGCGCCGCUCCAGAGCAGAUGGCCGCGAGGCUCAUGGACCCGCCCGUCGUCGCUGCCACAUGUCUCGCAGUCGAACAACGAGGCGUCUCAGAUUACCUUGCCUACGUGCCUUGGACCGCUCAGGUGUGCCGAGACAUUUGUUCUUGUUGGCGAUCACUUCCAGCUUCCUCCAAUUCUGAAGCCCGUGCUGGUGGUCUGGACGUGUCCCUCUUCCGUCGCCUGUCUGAUGCACACCCGGACGCCGUCGCGCCGCUGGCGGCUCAAUAUCGCAUGAACGAGGACAUUAUGCUCCUCUCCAACCGCCUCAUAUACGAGAACCGCCUGCGAUGUGGCUCUGAGGCGGUCGCGAACCAGGUUCUGACCCUGCGGUCGCGCAAAACGUGCCCCGAGAUUUCGCCUUCGACAUGUGGUGAAGACUGCUGGGUGCAAGGGCUCAUGGAGGAAAGCGCCAAAGCAGUGUUUGUCGACACCGAUACUGUACCUGGGCGCGAGACUCGCGCCGGUGAGCUUGUUCAAAACCCAACUGAAGCGUCACUGGUGUACACGCUGGUACGUGCGCUCGUUCACUCGGGUGUGCGCGAGCACGACAUUGCCGUCAUCACGCCGUACCGACAGCAGAUCAAACUCCUUUCCACUUUCUUCACCACCCUGCCAAAGGUCGAACUCCUGACUGCCGACAAGGCACAGGGACGUGACAAAGACGUGAUCAUCUUCUCGAUGGUCAGGAGCAACGAGGACGGCAACGUUGGCGGCCUGUUGCGUGACUGGCGUCGUAUCAACGUAUCGUUCACUCGUGCAAAGAAGAAGCUCGUCAUUUUUGGCUCGCGCUCAACUCUGCUGUCUGACCGCCUCCUGGCCGACUUCUUCAGCCUCGUUGAGGAGCAGCAGUGGGUACGUCGGCUGCCUCGCGGGGCCGACCAGAUGCACGGCGAGGUCAAGAGCAAUACCUUGUCAGAUGACAAGGAAAGCAAAGCCGUCAAGGAGGAGCUUGGUGAGGGAAAGAGCAAGGAUAAAGGGAAGCGCGCUGUUCUCGGCGAGCGGCUGGUCAACGCCCACCCCUUCGUCAAGGAGAUUCUGGAGGAAGUCAAUACCACAACAAUAAACUAG